AUGGCGAGCGGAUGGAGUCUUUUCGUCGGCCUGAUCAUCAUCGUGGCUCUGUCACUAGCUGCGUGGUUCUUUAGCCCCAAGGGCGAAAAUCAGACGGUUUGGCGAAGCACACUUAUCCUCUCGAUCGUGUCUUGUUAUUUGAUGUGGGCAAUCGUCUUCGUUUCCCAGUUGCAUCCCCUCAUCGCGCCCAAGAGAGCUGAUAUCCGACCUGAUCGGGUACCCGAGUAA